CCGUUGUCUGCAGGGGCCGCUACUGUUAUUAGCAAUUUUCUGCGUACAGGAGUUGCAUCCCUUAAAAAGAGAAAUGGCGUCUACCAGAAAGUCUUCACGAGUCCGUACUGUCUCCGGCUUUAGUCCAGCCAAAAGAAAAAGACCAGAAAGUCCAUCAUUUCCUUUACCUGCCCCAGUUGCCUUAUCCAUAACAGUGGAAAAAGAUGUGUCAGCUGCUGUAGAGUCAGUUUCAAACCAGGAAACUUUGACAGUUCCUGGAGGUAAUACUGAAUGCAUAGCUGAAGAUACCCCAGUGGAGAAAGUUUCUGCAGCCAUAUUUAAAGAUCCAAAUUUUGUUCAUUCAAGCAUUGGGCAGCAGGAUCCAAAAAGAACAAGAGUCUGGAAGAAUCUAAAACAAAUAGUGGCGACAGAGAGAUCAUUACCUUGGCAGUGCUCAGAUGUUACAUGUAAGACAUAUUCAUGUUAG